AUGUCGGGUCGUGGUAAAGGUGGUAAAGCGAAGUCAUCAGCUAAAGCUAAAACUCGUUCAAGUCGUGCCGGUUUACAAUUCCCUGUUGGUCGGAUACACCGUCUUCUUCGAAAGGGCAAUUAUGCGGAACGUGUUGGUGCUGGGGCUCCAGUUUAUUUGGCUGCUGUAUUGGAAUAUUUAGCUGCUGAAGUACUCGAGCUGGCUGGUAAUGCUGCUCGUGAUAAUAAAAAAAGUCGCAUAAAUCCUCGUCAUCUUCAGCUUGCUGUACGAAACGAUGAAGAAUUGAAUAAAUUGCUUUCAGGUGUUACUAUCGCUCAGGGUGGCGUUUUGCCAAAUAUUCAUGCAGUGCUUUUGCCUAAGAAAGUAGCUGGUGAAAAAGAUUAG